AUGUCGAUAAAGGUUUUUGUUUCUUCGGCUCCAGGGAACCUUGGGGUUAGAAAAAAUCAGUACAUGCUUUCGACGAUUCUGACUGCAAAAAAAAUCGACUACGAGCAAAUUGACCUAACCGACCCUAAGAACAGUGAAUUGAAGCAGGCCCUCAUUGAUGAAUUAAAAGAAAAAUCGUUAGCGUUUAUUCCACCAAUUAUUUACUGUGGAGAUGAGUACCUUGGAGGUGGACUGACCGAAUGUGCUGCAAAAUCGGAUGAAGUUGAUGAAAAGAAAGGAAAGAGCGAGGAAGAAUCUUCGUCUUCCGCCGGAGAAUCGGACAGUGAGGCAGAAAGUGGGGUCGAGUCAACUACCACAAACAAAGCGAAAACCCUGGAUGAAGAGGGAUCAGGUGCUAAAAAGGAAGUGACGGAGGGCAUUGUGGAGGCAAAGACAGAAAAGGCCGUCGAGUCGUCCGCUAAUAAAGAACAAAAGGGUGAAGAACAACAGUCCUCAAAUGACGCAGAAACCAGUGGUAUGGCUAAUGCAGAGAAAAAUGCAAAGUCCGAGAGCUCGUCAGCGGAAGAGCAAAGUAGCUCCACCGAAGAAUCAUCCGAGGAAGAGGAGAGUGGAAAGGCCACACCGGUUAAGGAGAAAAAAGUACCGUCCUCUGGAAGUAAUUCUAGUUCAGAAUCGGUGGGUGAUGGUGGGGUUGAGGCGAAAACAGAGACUACUGUCUCCAAGACUACAGCCGACACAAAACUGAAAGAAGAAAGUAGUUCCUCAGAAAGUGAGUCAGAAUCUGAAUCGGAGUCCUCAGAGGAAGAAAACAAAGUCAGGAAAAUGACUCCUGAAAGCAAAACAAAAGAAUCGGCUGAUGGUGGUGUGAAAACCGCCGAAAAGACUAGUAAGGCGUCCGAGGGCAGCUCCGAGGAGGAGUCUACCAGCAGUGAGGAAGAAUCGGAAUGA